AUUUAUUUAUUUAUUUAUUUUUAAAAAUGUGAUAUCUCCCUUUCUCCAAGGUCACAAGAUUUCCCUUAGCCCAGUGGUUGUGCGACUUUGGGGGAGGAGGCAAUGGGACUCUAGGACUAAAAAAUUUGCGUCUGCUCAACACCCAGAUCAGUUGAUUAGUCUUAGGCGGCCAAAAUUCACUCUUGCUUUCUUCAGCUGAGAGACCCAAGACUCAUGGCAGAGGGAACGAGACCACCAGGUGCCUAGUCCUUCUAAUCCUGUCGCCCCACACUACAGCCUGAUUAUCAGGCCCCAGAGAUUUCCUUGCCUGUUAGAGAGGUUCACUAGAGCCGUUCUAAAAAGGUUUUACAAAAAAGGCAAAACCUGAAGGGAGGUGAAGGACGACCUAGGAAAAGGAAGCAAGUUCUGUGUCACGGAGGCCCAAGGGCCAGGGGCUUAGGCUGUGGGUUGAGGGGACUGUCUGAGACUGACUUGGACCUGCACCAGCUCCAGAGUCCUGCGCAGACAGACAUCGGUCCCCUCCGGCGUCUAGGUAAAGCCCACCCUCUCAGACCGCAAAGAGCCCGGAUCCGACAGCAACCUCUCCGGACCAAUCACAACCUUCCUUCACCAAGGAGGCGGGGUCGGGGGCUGACUUUUCCUUGUCCCCGCCCCUUUAGUCGAAGUAACCAAUUCCAAUGUGCCUAGAGGAAGUAAACGCAAUGGGAGUAACCAAUGACAACACGAAGCUUCUCGUGCGUGCUUGACCCUGCCCCUCCAGCUGCGGCAAAGAUGGCGCGCGGGCUCCUGGGUUCUGUAGUUUUCUCGGGAUCCAAAAGGGUCCGUGCCCAAGUGAGUCCUUACCGCCCCGCUACCCAGCGGCUUCCCCUCCGCUAGUACGCAUGUCCACAGCCUCACGGCCCGGGAGAGAGGGGGCGCGGAAGGAAGGAGGCGGGACGGUAUUACAAACAAAAAAAUACAGCCUUCUCGAGAAGCGACUGCGGAGAGCCCGCUCCUCCCAGAAGGCGGUGCAGCCGGCCCGGGCGAGCCACGCGGAGGGUUGUGGGGCGGAUAGCUCCCCUCCAGAUGGAGGCUCAUGAAGUAGGGUGGGCGGGGGACUCCAUAUCCCAGCGUGCCCCUCGGCGGGCCCUACCGGCCGCGACUCCGGGCUUGGCCCCGGCCCUAGCUCGUCGGCGGUGUAUUGGGGCGCGUGGAGGCUGCAGUCACGGUGGCGCCCGCGGGGACGGAGGAGGGAAUGAGUGAAGAGGAGCAAGGCUCCGGCAUUACCACGGGCUGCGGGCUGCCUAGUAUAGAGCAAAUGCUGGCCGCCAACCCAGGCAAGACCCCGAUCAGCCUUCUGCAGGAGUAUGGGACCAGAAUAGGGAAGACGCCUGUGUACGACCUUCUCAAAGCCGAGGGCCAAGCCCACCAGCCUAAUUUCACCUUCCGGGUCACCGUUGGCGACACCAGCUGCACUGGUCAGGGCCCCAGCAAGAAGGCAGCCAAGCACAAGGCAGCUGAGGUGGCCCUCAAACACCUCAAAGGGGGGAGCAUGCUGGAGCCGGCCCUGGAGGACAGCAGUUCUUUUUCUCCCCUAGACUCUUCACUGCCUGAGGACAUUCCGAUUUUUACUACUGCAGCAGCUGCUACCCCAGUUCCAUCUGUUGUCCUAACCAGGAGCCCCCCCAUGGAACUGCAGCCCCCUGUCUCCCCUCAGCAGUCUGAGUGCAAUCCCGUUGGUGCUUUGCAGGAGCUGGUGGUGCAGAAAGGCUGGCGGUUGCCAGAGUACACAGUGACCCAGGAGUCCGGACCAGCCCACCGCAAAGAAUUCACCAUGACCUGCCGAGUGGAGCGUUUCAUUGAGAUUGGGAGUGGCACUUCCAAAAAAUUGGCAAAGCGGAAUGCGGCGGCCAAAAUGCUGCUUCGAGUGCACACGGUGCCUCUGGAUGCCCGGGAUGGCAAUGAGGUGGAGCCUGAUGAUGACCACUUCUCCAUUGGUGUGGGCUCCCGCCUGGAUGGUCUUCGAAACCGGGGCCCAGGUUGCACCUGGGAUUCUCUACGAAAUUCAGUGGGAGAGAAGAUCCUGUCCCUCCGCAGUUGCUCCCUGGGCUCCCUGGGUGCCCUGGGCCCUGCCUGCUGCCGAGUCCUCAGUGAGCUCUCUGAGGAGCAGGCCUUCCAUGUCAGCUACCUGGAUAUUGAGGAACUGAGCCUGAGUGGACUCUGCCAGUGCCUGGUGGAACUGUCCACCCAGCCGGCCACUGUGUGUCAUGGCUCUGCAACCACCAGGGAGGCAGCCCGUGGUGAGGCUGCCCGCCGUGCCCUGCAGUACCUCAAGAUCAUGGCAGGCAGCAAGUGAAGCCCCAGCUGGACUCAUGGAUGUGCACCCUUUGCUCCCUGCUCUUUCUGCCUCUGGGCUCAUGUAUCUGCGCAGCUCUGGUACCCUCUGUGGGUACCAUCUCUACCUCUGACACAGACUGCCUGCCUUGAGGCUGAGAAGGCACAGGGCAAGGAGCCAAGGACCACAGGGCCUCAGCCAGCCCAGGAUUUGUCCUCAUUUUAUUGGUGAUGAUGAAUGGGAAUGAAAUCGGGGCUGUCUACUAGAGCCUGGAAUAAAUAUGCUGCUUUGUAGAUUUUUAA